UCAGUUUGUUUGCUUCGCGGGACGAAAGCUUGUUUUCUUGUCUCGAGACAUACAUAAUAAAUGAAUAUAGCUGACUUUUACUCCGGGCAGAUUUCAGUUUGAUGGCUGCAAGUCUUUAUUACACGAUCUCACUCAAGUUGUAAAUACAUUCACCUGGACAAGGAGCAAAUGUCUCAGUCACAGCCACUGAUCCAGCUCCAACAAACAACAGAGCCUCUGCUGAACGUCCAGGAGAUGCAAUUUUGGCUGGACAAAGCAGUGGCUUGGGGCCAGGCCAACAGCCCAGACACUCAGAAAGACACCUGCCUGCUGUUGAGCAGACUGAGGGAUUUCCUGCAGCAACUCCUCACACAUAUCAACAACAUGAGCUCCACAACAGAGACCCUUAAGACGCUGCCCCUCCUCGGACAGUUUCUUGGCCGACUCUGCUGGAACCCUUAUGUCACCGCUGAUGCUACAGGCAGAAAGCUGCUGUUACAGUGUCUGUGGGGACUGUACUCAGAGCAUCCAGGGAAUGCUGUGGAAAGAAAAGCCAACCUGUGGAUACGGAAAGUGCUGUAUCAGCUUGCUACAGAAGAAGACGAUGUUGCAGUGCAGGCAUUAAUGAAUCUCAUGGAUGUACCACCUAAAGAGUACCAUCUCAAAGUUCUGAGAAAGAUGGUGGCGCUGUUGCAGGAAAACAUUGGGAAAAACUGCAGUUCUUUAGACGACAUACAUCAAAGGUGUUCAUGUAACAUUCUGGUGAUAUCAGAGGCUUGCAUCCCCCUUGUCUCUUGUCCCGAGGCUGCUCCUCUUAUUGGUGCACUCCUGCAGCAGCCGGUGACUUGUGUCAGGGCAGCACUUAGCGAAGACUUCCUAGAGGCUCUGAGCUCUGCCUACUCCAGCCAGUGCUUGUUGUUGAAGGAGCAGGCAGUGGUCUCUCUGUGGUAUCACAACAUGUCCAGCCUGGAAAAAGCGGUGCUGGGCCUGCUGGAGGCUGUUCUCACCGACACAGGGUCAACACCACAGAAGGUAGAGAGGCAACUGGCAGAGUCACUGCUGCCUAAAGCCUGUGCUCAGCAUUGCUCCAUAUUCUUGGUUGUAAAUGACAUCUUCAGGUCCGUGCUCAAGCAAGCUGAAGGGAAUGAGUCUUUGAAGUAUCUCAUUCAAACCUUUACGAGGUGUUUCCUCAGGGAGCGGGCACUGCUGCAGCAUCAGACGAGUGUAUCUUUGAAGGCCUUGUUCCCAUGGUCACCUCAGAGUCUGCUGGUUCCCCUCUUGACCCUGCCAUCAGAGAUGCCUCCAGAGUCUUGGAGACAUCAUCUGAACUGGCUCAGUGGCUCAUUACAGAGACUGACAGAGGAGGAAGAGGAGGGAGACAGAGACAGCAGCAGCAGGGGGCACUAUAAAGUGUUUGAGGCCUGGUUCCUGCUGGUCCACUGCGCCCACUGGGUGCAGGUAGCUGUGCGGCUGCUGGUGACAUCAGGACCUGAGGACUGUGGCGCCCUCCUGUGGCUGCUGAACUUCUACUACCAUCCCACCAACAGGGGGCACCGCAGAACCUUUCAGUUGGUAUGUGUCAAAGAAGCAUGGGACCACCUACGCUCCCUGUUCUUGGUCUCAGCUCGUCCUCUUCCUGUUGGCCGUCUGCAGUCGUUGAUCACGCUGCUGUCAACACAACCUCAGCAAUCAUCACAGUCUCCAUUAUUGAUCCUGAACCUCUUAGUCAACUUUGGUGUUUUCUUUCAACAAUCGCUGAGCGGAUCAACAGACAUUUUACAGACGGUGGUGGAUCAAUCUGGUCUGGUUGAUGAAGCAGCGCGUCUUCUCAGCUCUCUGGAACUCAGUUUCAACGAAGGAAGCUGCUCAUCAAACAACGCUAACGGAGUUCAUCUCAGGAUCAAGGCACUUCACAGCACACUAACACAUAUGCGUGCAGCAACGAACCCUGCCGAGAACCAGGCACACACGCUCACACACUCUAAAACAGGUGAGAGCGCAUACACACACAAACACACACACACAAAUUAA